CGUAUCAAAAAAAGCAGAGAGGGAGAGGGCUUUCAAACGCCUACACUACAUUGUAUUGUUGUAAGCACACCUCUCCUCGGAGAAAUCCCAGCAAGCAAACGUAAGAAAACUGAAAAUGGCUUUGGCAGCUGCUGGCGCUGGCAUAAGAAGCAAUGCUUUUCGCUCUUCUCUUCCCCGCUUCCUCACAUUUCAUUCUCCUUCUCUCCGAAUCUCCUCUCUCCCUCGCCGUCUACCAGCUUGUAAGUAUCAUAUUCGUGGAAUGCGUGAGGAGGCCACAUUGGACCCAAAGCUUUCAUCCAAAGAUGACAAUCUUUUAUCCCAGAAUUGGAAGAUUAAAAUGCUAUAUGAUGGAGAAUGCCCCCUUUGCAUGCGUGAGGUCAACAUGCUCAAAGAGAGGAAUAAGCUUUAUGGAGCUAUAAAGUUUGUUGACAUAAGUUCAAAGGACUACUCUCCAGAGGAGAAUCAAGGACUCGAAUAUGAGACUGUUAUGGGGCGAAUUCAUGCAAUCCUUUCUGAUGGAACUGUGGUCAAAGAUGUUGAUAUUGCAACUAUAGCCAAUGUAAUCUAUGGUGUUUGGGCGAAGUACCGUCUGCCCAUUACAGGACAUACAUUUGCUUUCUUCCUCAAGCAGGGAUCAAGAAAUCAAAGCAUCUCUCACAGUUGGCCGGCCGCCAUUGGAAGAUAUCUUAGAGGCAAGAAAGAAAAACAUGGUAAGCGUACUGCAAGUAGGUUGAAGAAUGUAAAGACAGUAAAGCUUGUAAGAUGUAAGGCUACUUAUCACACAUUACCUAUUUCCAAUAUAGUCUUGUAAUGCCCAUCUGAAUGUAAUUAGCUACCUGGUCCAUGUCUGUAAGCUUCUUCUUCUUAUUCUUCUCCUCUAUUUUUUUUUUCCUUUUACAAUCAGCUUAUAUUGUUAACAAAUAAGGCAGAGGUAAGAUGAUGUUUGGCAAACAUGCUGAUUAUCAAAUACAUGCAUGUAAAGGUGACAAUUAAUUUAUUAAUAACCUAAUUGAAGGUGAUCAAAAGAA